CUCCUUUCAUCUUCCGGCCCCACACCUGCCCACAAAAGACCUCUCUACUUCCCCAGCCACGAUGAACAACAAUGCGCGUUACAACUACCCCCUUGUCCAAGAUUGGACGGCACCCCCCAGGCGACAAGGGCCCAUGCCGCCGUCUAACAAUCAGUCCUAUAUGCCGUCCACAUCCACAUCCACGGCAGACCUCGCUGUGGCUGGCGACGCUCUCGAUCUACGUACGGCCCACCAUCUCAGUCCUGCGGCCGCAGCGCCUACAUUUCAUUUUGGAUCCCGUCCCCUACCACACAGGUCGAUUCGCCCGCAGGCGCAGGCUCCUAGUCCUUUCUCAUUGCCAAUCCUUCCAGCACUCCCUGCCCGCCUCGCUCCAGCCACUGGCAGCCCUUCAAUGGGCACUCCGGCGACGGCCACAUUGACGCGGCGUCCGGUCCCAAGGCGGCGUGUCAAUCCCUUGCCUGCGCGUUCCUCCAAAGCCGAACUUGGACGGACUACUAGUAUGCACCAGCCCAUUGAACAGGCAGGUCCGGUAGCCGAAGGGACCUCCCAAGCCGGCGGCAGUGCUUCCGCUACACUAGCGACCACCGAUGCAAACAACGGUCGCCGUCAAGCGCAGUCGGGAGGUAACAAGCGGAGGCCCGAGUCUAGCCGUCAACGGGGGUCCCAAAAUAAAAAGCAGAAGGCAGACGCAGCCACAAAGCCCCCCAAUCAGUGGACAUUCAUGAGUGUCCAGUUCUCCGAAGACGGCCAGCCGACGGACGUAGCAAUCCCGCAAGGUCAACCAGAGGAGCCCAGACAGUUGCCCUCCCCGGUCGUCAAAGCACCUCGAGCCAUACGACCGAAGCCCGCGGUCGCGCUGCCCUCAGGUUCUCCGAGUCUGAAGACCCAAACACCUUCUCCGAACGAAACCGUCGAUGGGGCAUCCUCCCAGGUCGCGCUUCAGCAUGCUCCGCGCAAAGCCGAGCACUCGAGCCUGCCGGUGCAGCCUGAGAAUGCUGUCAACUGCGCUCCUCGGGACACCAGCGUCCCCGUGCCGUCCCACCGCAUCCUCUCAGGCUCUAACAUUCUCCUUCAUGAUGUUCAUGAGGCUGAGGAUACGAUUUUCGGGGAGGGUACUACAAUCACCGGGUCCUCAACCUCUAACUCACCGACACUCUGUGAGUUCGACCCGGUAACCCCUUCCAGUACCGCAGGGAACGAAGGGGACGCAGAUCCCGCUGGCGCUUCCCUCUCCGAGAAGACGACCUUGUUCGCAAAGCCUGUGGACGACGCUCCGCGGGACGGCACCGUGUCGGCUGACGUUAUACCGGUGUCCUACGACUUGGACGAGGCCCUAGUAGAGUCCUCGCAGGUUGGGGAGCUCGAACGACUAACCUGGCUGGCGGACGACUUCUUUAAGGCAUUCAACGCCGCUGCCCCUUCCAGUACCGCAGGGAACGAAGGGGACGCAGAUCCCGCUGGUGCUUCAACCCUCUCCGAGAAGACGACUGUGUCCGCAAAGCCUGUCGACGACGCUCCGCGGGACGGCGACAAGGUGUCGGCUGACGUUGUACCGGCGGCCUACGGCUUGGACGAGGCCGUAGUAAAGUCCUCGGAGAUUGGGGAGCUCGAACGACAAACCUGGCUGGCGGACGACUUUUAUAAGGCGUUCAACGCCGCUGAUCCCUACCUCUGA